AUGGCCUGUCCAGGCGUCGUUCAAGAACUUCCUUCUUCUUGCGAUUGCAGGUCGGAUCUUUGGAGAAAAGGUUUUAAGAAAAGGUUACCGAAUAUUCCUCCAAGAGUGUCGAUAAGGAUCCGAAGCAAGAGCGCAAGAGAAAAAGAAGAGAUUAACAAAUGCUUGUGUAAUUCUACUUGGAAAAUAUUCCCCCUUGCUCAAGUACAAGCUGCAACUAACAAUUUCAGCUCCGAAAAUCUCAUUGGAAAGGGAGGCUCGGCCGAGGUUUACAAGGGCCGUUUAUCGGGAGGACAAGUCGUGGCAAUAAAGCGCCUCAACAAGGGAAUACCCGAGGAACAAGUACUAAGUUUCUUGUCCGAAAUUGGUAUAAUGGCACACAUAAACCAUCCCAACAUUGCAAAAAUGAUAGGCUAUGGGGUGGAAGGCGGCACACAUCUCGUUCUUCAAUUCUCAUCGCUCGGGAGUUUGAGGUCGCGGCUUCACAACUCGAAGGAUAAGCUGAAUUGGAACCGAAGAUAUAAGAUAAUACUUGGGAUAGCUGAAGGCCUUUGUUAUCUCCAUGAAAAUGGCCAAAGAAGAAUUAUUCAUAGAGAUAUUAAAGUCGACAACAUAUUAUUGUCUGAAGAUUUUGAGCCUCAGAUAUGCGAUUUUGGGUUGGCAAAAUGGUUACCGAGACAGUGGUCGCAUCGUAGCGCCACCAAAUUUGAAGGCACAUUCGGAUACUUUGCUCCGGAAUACUUCAUGCAUGGAGUUAUUGAUGAGAAAACUGAUGUUUAUGCUUUUGGGGUGCUUCUUUUGGAGAUCAUAACCGGGCGCCAAGCAUUAGAUGAGUCGAGAAAAAGCCUUGUUAUGUGGUCGAAACCUUUACUAGAAAGCAAUGCAAUUGCGGAGCUUGUGGAUCCAUUCUUGCAAAAUAACUACAACCGGGUGGAGAUGGGUUGGGUCGUCUCGACUGCCAAAAUGUGUAUAGACGAAAUACCGAUGCUUAGGCCACGAAUGAGCCAGGUGGUCACAAUGCUUGGAGGGAAUGAUAAAACAGCAAGGCUCCUGAGCAGUCAUCAUAAGAAACAAUUCAUUCGGCGGACAUACUCCGAUGAACUUUCGUAUGCCGAAGAAUACAAUUCAACCAAAUCUUUGAUCCAAACCAACAAACAUGAUCAAAUUCUUGACUUGUAA